CCUAACAGGUGGCAGAAUUGUAUUUCCUGAAACCGUGGCCAAAUGCAUUUGGAUAGAAAAGUGUCAUUUUUUUGUUAUUGAUAUUAGUUAUGCAAAUAUUCUACAGUUAUGAUAUCUGAUUUAAUUCUUUUUGGGACCCUUCUUGUCAAUGCAGGGGCGGUCCUGAAUUUCAAACUUAAAAAAUCUGUUGAAGAUGGUUCAUUUGGUAUAGUUGGAGAGCCAACAACAGGUGACAAGAUUCGUGAAUUUCUGCUGAGUCUGAGACAUUUGAGAAUAUUCAUUGCUUUGUGGAAUAUUCUGGUGAUGUUUCUUAUGUUGGUGUUUUUCAGUCACUGAGCCCCGAGAUGAAGGAGAAUUCCAACCUGUCAGUUAAAAUGAUGUUACCUACAAGAGAAAAUACUUACACUGUGGCACAUCGGCUAUAUUUACAUGUUUUGACCUGAAUGGACAAGAAGUAAAGCAUGAUAAUUCCCCUAUUCUGGGUUAUUUCCCUUUAUGAAAAUCUCUGGUUGUGAGUUUCAGCUUACAUGGGGUAAAAUAACGGGCAGCACGAUUCUCAGUUUAUAUUGUAGAAAUUAAAUUUAAAAAAAUUGAUAAAAAUUAAAAUGUAACAUCACAAAAUGUGUAAACAAAACUUUUCUUGUACAAGUAUAGUUAUAGUUUUAUGCUAAUUGAUUUGCCAAUAACUACUUGAAUUCUAAA